CACGCGACAUCCGCGAUGUGGUCGCGUAAGCUGUCUGUAAGCAGCGGCGUAAGCGGAGCCUCCAAGUGCGAUGACGCUGACAUACCUCUGGCCAGCGGAUUGCAGCUCUAUCCAUUUGCUAUUGCGCUUCGAGUCCGAGUCUUACAGAUAGUGUGUGGCAUCGGCGGAUUAGUCGUGGGUGCUGUUGGCUGGCUAGAGGAAAGGCAGAAACCUGCUCUAGGACUAGGCGUACCUGCUGGAGCCGUGACUGUACUUGCUGCAGCAACCUCAGUGUACUACAGCCGAGGCUUCGGAGGUUGGGUGUCAGCAAGAUCAAAGUCCACGAUACGAUGGGGGGCGCCAUGGAGGGCCUUAGGCCCGUCUCCUUGCGCUGCUGUGCCGUUGACCAUAUUAUGGACUGCUGCUGUCACCGCUCAUAUCGUCAUGUUUACUUUUUGUAUGAGAUUCUUGACUAAUAUUGAAACAUCAAGUACUACCUGCAUUGGUGUAGCAGGCGCCCAGCUGUCAGUGUCAAUUACGACGCUAGCCGCCCAGGUGUUCAUGCUACAGCUGGACUUGCGAUACGAUGCAGCAUUGUCACCGCCGCCGCGGCAGUCUGAUACUCAAACAAAUACUGCUGUUUCUAUGGUGCCGAUCACUUCCGUGGUCGUGAACAGUGGCAACAGCGGGGAGACGGAUGGAAGUCCACAAAGCAAGGAGAAGGAAUCUCUAUCACACGAACCACCCACUUGAUGCAACGGCUCAUGAAUCACUGAUUGUAACAUUGUGAUGUGACGUGAUUUGAAGUGAUAUUCAUUGUUCGAAAGCAGUUGGGAGACGUCUUACCCAUCACGUGGGAGAACGAGCGAAGCCGG